CCGCUCCACUAAUUGCUCACCAUGCUAGCGCUCUCGCUCGCGCUCUCGUUUGGACUUUGGCCAGCCCACCUCCACACCUGCCUACCUCCCGCGCGGCACGCCAGGACGGCCGUUCGCCUCUGUGGCACGCGUGGCCAGCUCGGCGGGCGCGUGCCGCGACCGCAGCCGGAGCCGCCGCCGCCGCCGCCGCCGCCGCGACAGCUGGCGGGCGACGAGUACGCGGACGCGCUGGCCGACGCACGGCGCGCGGCGGCGCGUCUGCGAGAGGCGGAGGAGCGGCUCGCUCGCGUGCCAGCGCCCGUGCCUCCGAUGCCACGCGGCGCCCGCGCCACCGUGUCGCGAUCGGACGCCGGCACGCUGCUCGUCGACGUGCCGGCGGCCGGGCUGGUGAACGGCGGCUCGCUGUUCGGCGGCGCCUUCGCUGCCGCGUGGUUCAGCGCCGUCGUCCCCGCGACAGUGAGCAUGGUUGCGAGCGGAGGCGCGUCGGCCCUCUUCAUGCUCCCGUUCUGGCUUGCCGGCGGCGCAGUGGUCAAGCAGACGGUGCUCGACCCGGCCAAGGCGACCACGCUGUCGAUCGGCGCGUUUGGGUGGGAGCUCACGCAGAGGACGGCGGGCGUCAGCCUCAAGUCCGCCGACGGGCCGACGGAGCAGCUCGCCCUGGCGUCGGUGGACGUGGCGGCGUAUGUCAACGGCGUGCCCACCUUCGUGCUCAACCUGGUGGCCAAUGGCCCGGGCGGGCAGCGGGUGUACCAGUUGGGCAGCGGGCUCUCGGAGCAGGAGCUCGAGUGGAUCGCCGCGGAGGUCAACGCCACUCUGGAGGAGGUGGAGAGCAACCCGCCUGAGCCGCUAUUGUAGACGGAGUAGAGAGUUGUCGGGGGGAGGUCUACCGUACACACAGGUCACGCAGCGGUCCGACUUGUGAAUGCGUGUGAAGCUGUCUGAGGCGACUCUGUCUCCGUGUGAGUGGCCCCCCCGCGCGGACGGGUGUAGAAUGGCUGAGCACAUCCU